ACAAUCAGACCAUUAGCAUCGUCAAAUAUUUAACGUGUAUUAUAACUAGUGUCAACCAUGCUGCCCUUUUAGAGUUAAUUUACACCAAAAAGUACAAACACAUUUUUCUCAAAUUAGCUAUCAAAACACUAAAUAUCAGAGUCGUCCCUGAUGACGAUUUUGUCUCUCGCCAAUGACGACUUCCAUCGAGUAUUCCUCAGUUUCCGAGGAGAUCAGUUGCGCUACAGCUUUGUCAGCCACCUUCUUGACGCCUUUGAGAGACAUGGAAUCUUGUGUUUUGUAGACAAAGACGAGCUAAGGGGAAAAACCAUGACAAACCUUUUUGUAAGGAUUAAAGAGUCGAAGAUCGCACUAGUUAUCUUCUCUAGUAGGUAUGCGGAGUCGAGUUGGUGCAUGGAUGAGCUGGUGAAGAUGAAGAAACGUGCGGAUAAAGGAAAGCUCCAAGUCAUUCCCAUCUUCUACAAGGUUAGGGCAAGAGAUGUGAGAGGACAGACCGGUGAGUUUGGUGAAACGUUUUGGGCGCUUGCAAGAACUUCUCGAGGAGAUCAGAUCAUGGAGUGGAAGGAAGCGCUAGAGUGUAUUUCCAACAAGAUGGGCCUGUCCUUGGGAGACAAAAGUUCAGAAGCUGAUUUUAUCAAGGAAAUUGUUAAAGAGGUUAAGAGAGUUGUAGCCGAAAUUGGAUGCCAGGCCACAGAAAACCAUCAAUGUAUCAAUUUUCUCCCGAAUUAGAAGAGAAAGAUGUAUCAAUUUUUUCCUCAAUGUGAGAAGAAAAGUCUUGGACAUGGUCAUAUUUAUUUCUCUAAUGCAACAAGAG